GGGUUUGAAUUUCCUCUUCGAAACACUUGCUUCACACAGUAAGCUCUCUGUCUGAGAUACAGUAACUGGCAUUAUCACAGUGUUAAGACCGAGCCUGGACCAACGGGUGGACCAUCAGCAUCCUCUCUUAGGGCAUCCUCUCUUACGACAUCCCCCAUCCCCCUCACCUUGCUCAGCAUCACCCCCACCUUGCUCAGCAGAGAACUACCAUGAUCUCACUCCAGAGGAUGUUGGGCCUCCUCAUGCUCAUGCUCAUGCUGUUACAUGGAAUAGUUACCUUUCCUCUUGAGCUCAACCCUCCCAGAGUGGUGGUGAGAUAUGGAGACUCAGUCUCAGUCAACUGCAGCACAUCAUCCACAGACCAUGAGGGGAUGGGCUGGGAGGCCACAUUCGGGGGUUCAGGUUUUGAUGUCAACGUUGUCACCUGGACUGUGUAUAACCUUACUGAUUGGACAAUAGAACCCAAAUGCUACAUCACUCUCAUUGACGGCCAACAACUCUCAAUAGUACUUCCAGUCAUUCUCUACAAGACUCCAGACAGAGUCUCCAUCUCUGUUCUGAGCCACUCUGGUCCCAUGGUGGAGGGGACACAGUACCAGCUGCAGUGUGACAUUCAGAACAUCGCUCCUCUACAGAACCUGGUUGUGAAGUGGUACAAAGGGAAUGAACCCUUAGAUAAUGUAACUUACAGUAGCGUCAGUAAGAGACCAGAGGAUGUGUCAGCUACUCUGAUGAUCAGCCCCAGUAGAGAUGAUGAUGGAGAUCAGUAUAGAUGUAGAGCAGAACUGGACCUGGGACCAGAGGGACCACAACCCCAUCCUACAGUGACAUCAGAACCUCUCAGCAUUACUGUGCACUACGCUCCUGAGUUCCUUCCAGGAAAUGACAUAGUGGAGGUGAGUGCAGGCAGUGACGUGUCUCUGGACUGCAGUGCUGAGGGGAACCCUCCUCCUGAGCUGAGGUGGACCAACAACACUGCAGAGGGAAAUGCCAAUGAGAUCACUGUGGGGCGCCUGCGUACUCUCAAUAUCUCCAGAGUAACAGCUAAUGCAACUUACAACUGCACAGUCACAAAUAGCCUGGGCUCCAUCACCAAGCAGAUACAUGUCUUAGUAGAUGUACCUCCACAACAACACCCAACGAUGCUCUCCACAGCACCCUCAACUCCAGAAACUAUGACCACCCUUCCAGGAACAGCCAAGCCAAAAUUAGUUACCUUUCCUCUUGAGCUCAACCCUCCCAGAGUGGUGGUGAGAUAUGGAGACUCAGUCUCAGUCAACUGCAGCACAUCAUCCACAGACCAUGAUGGGAUGGGCUGGGAGGCCACAUUCGGAGGUAAACGUUUAGAAGAACAUGUCAACGUUGUCACCUGGACUGUGGAUAACCUUACUGAUUGGACAAUAGAACCCAAAUGCUACAUCAAUCUCAUUGAUGGUGAACAACCCUCAAAAGUACUUCCAGUCAUUCUCUACAAGACUCCAGACAGCGUCUCCAUCUCUGUUCUGAACCACUCUGGUCCCAUGGUGGAGGGGACACAGUACCAGCUGCAGUGUAACAUUCAGAACAUCGCUCCUCUACAGAACCUGGUUGUGAAGUGGUACAAAGGGAAUGAACUCUUAGAUAAUGUAACUUACAGUAGCGUCAGUAAGAGACCAGAGGAUGUGUCAGCUACUCUGAUGAUCAGCCCCAGUAGAGAUGAUGAUGGAGAUCAGUAUAGAUGUAGAGCAGAACUGGACCUGGGACCAGAGGGACCACAACCCCAUCCUACAGUGACAUCAGAACCUCUCAGCAUUACUGUGCACUACGCUCCUGAGUUCCUUCCAGGAAAUGACAUAGUGGAGGUGAGUGCAGGCAGUGACGUGUCUCUGGACUGCAGUGCUGAGGGGAACCCUCCUCCUGAGCUGAGGUGGACCAACAACACUGCAGAGGGAAAUGCCAAUGAGAUCACUGUGGGGCGCCUGCGUACUCUCAAUAUCUCCAGAGUAACAGCUAAUGCAACUUACAACUGCACAGUCACAAAUAGCCUGGGCUCCAUCACCAAGCAGAUACAUGUCUUAGUAGAUGUACCGCCACAACAACACCCAACGAUGCUCUCCACAGCACCCUCAACUCCAGAAACUAUGACCACCCUUCCAGAAACAGCCAAGCCAAAAUUAGUUACCUUUCCUCUUGAGCUCAACCCUCCCAGAGUGGUGGUGAGAUAUGGAGACUCAGUCUCAGUCAACUGCAGCACAUCAUCCACAGACCAUGAUGGGAUGGGCUGGGAGGCCACAUUCGGAGGUAAACGUUUAGAAGAACAUGUCAACGUUGUCACCUGGACUGUGGAUAACCUUACUGAUUGGACAAUAGAACCCAAAUGCUACAUCAAUCUCAUUGACGGCGAACAACCCUCAAUAGUACUUCCAGUCAUUCUCUACAAGACUCCAGACAGCGUCUCCAUCUCUGUUCUGAGCCACUCUGGUCCCAUGGUGGAGGGGACACAGUACCAGCUGCAGUGUGACAUUCAGAACAUCGCUCCUCUACAGAACCUGGUUGUGAAGUGGAACAAAGGGAAUGAACCCUUAGAUAAUGUAACUUACAGUAGCGUCAGUAAGAGACCAGAGGAUGUGUCAGCUACUCUGAUGAUCAGCCCCAGUAGAGAUGAUGAUGGAGAUCAGUAUAGAUGUAGAGCAGAACUGGACCUGGGACCAGAGGGACCACAACCCCAUCCUACAGUGACAUCAGAACCUCUCAGCAUUACUGUGCACUACGCUCCUAAGUUCCUUCUAGGGAAUGACACAGUGGAGGUGAGUGCAGGCAGUGAUGUGUCUCUGGACUGCAGUGCUGAGGGGAACCCUCCUCCUGAGCUGAGGUGGACCAACAACACUGCAGAGGGAAAUGCCAAUGAGAUCACUGUGGGGCGCCUGCGUACUCUCAAUAUCUCCAGAGUAACAGCUAAUGCAACUUACAACUGCACAGUCACAAAUAGCCUGGGCUCCAUCACCAAGCAGAUACAUGUCUUAGUAGAUGUACCGCCACAACAACACCCAACGAUGCUCUCCACAGCACCCUCAACUCCAGAAACUAUGACCACCCUUCCAGAAACAGCCAAGCCAAAAUUAGUUACCUUUCCUCUUGAGCUCAACCCUCCCAGAGUGGUGGUGAGAUAUGGAGACUCAGUCUCAGUCAACUGCAGCACAUCAUCCACAGACCAUGAUGGGAUGGGCUGGGAGGCCACAUUCGGAGGUAAACGUUUAGAAGAACAUGUCAACGUUGUCACCUGGACUGUGGAUAACCUUACUGAUUGGACAAUAGAACCCAAAUGCUACAUCAAUCUCAUUGACGGCGAACAACCCUCAAUAGUACUUCCAGUCAUUCUCUACAAGACUCCAGACAGCGUCUCCAUCUCUGUUCUGAGCCACUCUGGUCCCAUGGUGGAGGGGACACAGUACCAGCUGCAGUGUGACAUUCAGAACAUCGCUCCUCUACAGAACCUGGUUGUGAAGUGGAACAAAGGGAAUGAACCCUUAGAUAAUGUAACUUACAGUAGCGUCAGUAAGAGACCAGAGGAUGUGUCAGCUACUCUGAUGAUCAGCCCCAGUAGAGAUGAUGAUGGAGAUCAGUAUAGAUGUAGAGCAGAACUGGACCUGGGACCAGAGGGACCACAACCCCAUCCUACAGUGACAUCAGAACCUCUCAGCAUUACUGUGCACUACGCUCCUAAGUUCCUUCUAGGGAAUGACACAGUGGAGGUGAGUGCAGGCAGUGAUGUGUCUCUGAACUGCAGUGCUGAGGGGAACCCUCCUCCUGAGAUGAAGUGGAACUACACCGCUGCACGCAAUGUGAAGUUGUCCACUGAGGGGCGCCAGAGGACUGUUAGAAUCACCACAGCUACGUCUACCAACGCUGGGAUCUACAUCUGCACUGCCACGAAUAUAGUUGGGACGGCCACCAGAACAACAACAGUAACUCUGAAAGGUGGCUCCUCGAGUAUAAUUUAUAUAAUUUGGGUGAUUGUAUUUGUUCCCCUGGUCAUUGUCCUGGUAGUCCUGAUAGUCUUCUGUAUGAUGAAGAAAAGACAAGGACAUUAUGAUUUCAUACCAGUCAACCAGCCAAACAACGUUCCAAUGAUGCCAAUGUCUACAACAGGGGAAGGCAACCAUGAUCCAGAGGGGUAUCCUACGAAGGUUUGAGGAGUUACCUCAGUAAAUUAGAUAAACUCUGAGUUCAACUCGGGAUAGCCAGUCAUAGGAAAGUGUCUCACCCUUUAGCCAGGUACAUUUCAGAACUAAUCUGGUCCUGGGCAGGUUAACUCCAGUCCAGUAGAGGUUACUGAGGGGAGGACGGUCCAUAAUAAUCGCUUGUAAAGAUUGCGUCAUCAUCUACUGCAUUUGAGGAAGACAAUCUUUUAUUCAUGAAAUGUUUUUUUUGUGUGUAGAUGUUUUUUUUUGGGGGGGGGGGGGGGGUUCAAAUAUAUCACAUUCCAAAUUUUGUAAUGACAGAAUGCAUUUUAAACUUCACGCACAGUAACACUUUUGUACAACAUUUUAAUGAUUUGGUCUACUUGCAACACUGGGAUUUAAUAAAUAAAAUCCUUAAAAAUA